UUCUCAGUCGGGGCCCAAAUUUUCAAUCGAGCAGCUUCUUACAAAAUCAAAAUGGAAGUGAACAUAGAUUUACAGAAGGAAAGAAAGUCGGCUACAUUUGAAACUGAGAAAUUAACAGAAAUUUUGUACAAUGGAAAGACAAUGGUCAGACGUCGAAGAUAUUUACAAAACAUCAUAUUUCAAGACAAAUACAUAAAUUCAUUCACUCCAUGGUGGAAUCGUGAACGUGAUGAAAGCUACGACACUGCAGUUAAGAAGAGUGUGUACAUCAACAAACUGCUACGAGAUCUCAACAUAACCAAUGGGGUAGAACAGUUCUACAUCAGAGAGGCUGCUGCAUGUCAGGAGAGUAACCCACUCGGUCUCCAUCAGGUGAUGUUUAUUCCAACCAUAGAGAAACAGGGAACCAAAGAGCAAAUUGCAAAAUAUGUGGAACCAGCCAAGCAGUACAAAAUUUUAGGAACAUAUGCACAGACAGAACUUGGACAUGGAACAUUUAUUCGGGGCUUAGAGACUACAGCUACGUAUGAUCCAAACACAGAGGAGUUUAUUAUCAACAGUCCUACACUGUCAUCUAUGAAAUACUGGCCAGGUUCUAUGGGGAAGACGUGUAACUAUGUGAUACUGAUGGCCCAGUUAUACUCUCAAGGCAAACGUCAUGGUAUACAUGCAUUUGUGGUGCAGAUCAGAAGUUUGAAGGAUCAUACACCAUUGCCAGGUAUAUCUGUAGGUGAUAUAGGGAACAAGUUAGGCUACGGUGGUAUGGACAAUGGAUAUCUUAUGUUCAACAAUUACAGGGUUCCUAGAGAUUCUAUGUUGAUGAGAUAUGCUAAGGUUGAGAAAGAUGGCACAUACCUUCCUCCACAAAAUGCAAAAGUUGCCUAUGGGUCCAUGGUUUAUAUACGUGCCCUUAUAGUUGGGGAUUGUGCUAGGUCUCUGGCUCAAGCAUGUUGUAUAACAACCAGAUAUAGUGCAGUAAGAAGACAAACUGAAAUAAGACCCGGUGGUGAGGAGCCGCAGGUGAUAGACUACCAGACACAACAAGAGAAAAUAUUUCCGUUGUUGUCUGCCGCGUAUGCAUUCCUGUUUACUGGAAAUAUGAUGGUACAGGAGUAUACGAGAAUUAAUGCUGAUAUGGAGAAAGGCCGCUUUGAUGAGAUGCAAGUUCUUCAUGCAUUAGCUGCUGGUUUGAAAGCAUUUUCCUCGGAUACUGCAAGUAAUGGAAUAGAUAAAUUACGGAUGGCAUGUGGUGGACAUGGUUACUCACAUGCCAGUGGUAUCCCAAAGAUUUGGGCAAACAUCACACCUGCAUGCACAUAUGAAGGGGAGAACACUGUUAUGUAUCUGCAGUGUGCAAGGUAUCUGGUGAAACAGUAUGCCCAGGCAGCCACUGGACAGAAACUUGUAGGGUUUAUGUCCUACCUUAACAAUCCAGUCAAACAGAGAAGUGCACUAAAUGAUGCACUCAGUAUGUCAGACCUGAUUGAGGCGUAUGAACACACGGCUGCAAGAUUGAUCAAAGUGGCAGCAACCAGGAUGCAGUCAAUGAUGAAAGGUGGAAUGAGUGUUGAGGAGGCUAGAAACAAGUGUGCUGUACCAAUGGUUUAUGCUGCCAAGGCUCACUGUCAAGCAUAUGUUGUGAAGAUGUUUAACACAGUGGCUAACAGACCAAGCCUUGACACCUCUGUUGCAAGGGUGCUCCAGACAUUAUGCAAGCUGUAUGCUGUUUAUGGAAUUAACCAGAGACUUGGGGAAUUCAUACAGGAUGGUUUCUUGGAUGGUCAACAAGCUGAUAUGAUCCUGAACAAAACACUUUCAUUGUUUGCUGAAAUCAGACCAAACGCUGUUGCCCUCGUUGACGCCUUUGACUAUCCAGAUGAAAUCUUACAGAGCUGUAUCGGACGUUACGAUGGCAGAGUAUACGAAGCCCUGUAUGAAUAUGCCAAAACUUCACCGCUCAACAAACAAGAUGUACAUGAUUCGUAUUACACAACGUUAAAGCCAUUGAUGAAAGGUGAACUCAAAUUUGAUACUCCUACAGCAAGACUGUAGGAGUGGAACAUGUUGAAAACAUUCAAAAGCGUUAGGAAUAGUGUUUCUGCAAAAUCAAGAACACUUUAACAGAGAUCUGGAAAUGUUCACAUGGCUACUUUAUAGAUUGUUGCAACAUCUGUACAGCCUUGCACACCUUAAACUAUUAUUGGAACAUCUGAAUUCGCUACGUGUCUUCGUGUAGCAUGUAUGUCUUCUUAAAUGAAUAUUGAAACAUCUUCACGGCCAAUCAUUAUGAGACUGUAUGUUUACUUCAGUCAUUUUUGAAAAAGCCAUGUUUUUACAUGAUAAGUUAAUUGCAAUUUGUUAUGCUGUGAUAAGAACAUACAUUUUUAUUCCUUUGUAUGAAUAUGUAUUCUGUAUUGCAAUAAAUAAUUCUUCAUGAUAAAGUAAUUGCUAAUACACGUCGCUGUCUUUGAGUAGACACUGUUGUAUACAUUACAAACAGAAUCAAGUGCAGUGAUACCUAAUUACUUAAUAUUCCGUUAGAAGGGAAAAUGUGAGAACAAACCCUUCAGAUAUCAAUUUAAAUAAUCAGUAUGAUUUGAUUUAUGUUAUAGCAUCAAAAGUGACUCGCUAGAUGACAUCCAAUUCAUAUAGUUCCUGCACUGAGUCAUCUAACAAGGUAAAAAAAUAGUACAAGCAUAAUGUAUAUUAUUCAACAAGGUCAAUUACUGUACUAAACUAAUUGUUUAUAACAUAUAUGAUGGAAGUACAGGUUACUUCAGAAAGAUAAUUUUACUUGAUCUUGAUAGAAUGCCAAAAUCAGUUUAUUAAAAUCUUGAUGACCUGAAGUUAAUAUUUCUGUUGAUUGAAUGAAUACAGUUUGGGUAUUAGUGAUCAAUCAACAAAAUAGAUUGAUAGGUGCACAUAUAAGUUUGUUAUACUAUACUAAGUGUUCAGCAACAUUUUUCAUUGUACAAAGAUUGAACAUUCGAAAAGUCUAGAAUAGUUGAGAUGUGUGAAAGGUGUUUAUUGUGGAAUGAUUGGACUGUGAUAUGUUAUAAUAAAAAAAACAACAUCACCUUGUUUUACUGCUUCAUACAUAGAUGUAACAUUUGCAGUUUUAAGGUAGUUUUGAAUGUUUGGAACAAAAAUUUGAGUAAAUCACAAAUUUUCAAGAACAUUGAAUGUGUUCAAAGGAUUUCCGCUGGUAAAAAGGAUAAAAUCAUAAUUAUAGACUGAUUCGAAAAAUUUAUAUUGAUAAAUUUUAUAAUAGGAGUCUAUGGUAAAAUCACAGUUUUGAUGGCACUCGCAUAUAAAUAUAUUUCUAUUACUUUUGAGAUAUUUUCCAAUGAUAAAAAGAUCCUCUAAAUUAAGUUGACUUUGUGAUGUAAAUAAGAUUUAUUCAUGUGUCAUAAGUUUUGGUUAUGUAUUUAGUCAUAUAAAAAGGUAAAAACGUAUUUUAGUAAUUAAAUCAAACAUUGCGGUUCAUUCCUGGAUUGGUUUAUGUUUCUCUAUGGCAGGUACAGGCUUUAUUUUAUGUUUUAUGGAUAAAUGAUGUUAAGUCUUGACUUCCAGAUUUCGAAUAUGCAAAACUACCUUAACAAAUGUGUAAUCAGACAAUUUUUAAACAGCUUCUGUUAAUCUGCUAAUUGAUAAUUUGAUGAUAUUGUUACAUUUUUGUUAUAUCUUUUAUCUGUGUAACUGAUAAUAAUGAAAUAAUUAUUUAUUGAAAGAAAGAAAAUAUUUCAAAAUAUAAAAUAUAAAACAGUAGAAAAACUUCA